CGUUUGGUGUCACCUCGCCGUCGCACCACCUCUCAGUGGUCCCGGAAGCACGACCCAAUGGCGUUUACGAAACGGGGGGGCAUGCCUGCCAGCUGACGGCAGCAAAAGCAGCACAAAUCCAUGCAGCAGCACAACCGAGGCCUCACUUGCAGACGCUGAUGCACCAUCACGACAGCCAGCGCGCGCUGCCAAGGCAGCCUCCCCCGUCCCUCGCCCGACGGCGCGGGGAGCAUGUGGGCUCCGCCACGCCCAUCUGCCAGGUCUCGGGAGACGCCGGGGGCGGUGCGCGGGGGAGCACGAGAGUUUUGGGGGUAGCUAGCGGUCCAUGUGCGGCCGCGUGAUCCUGCCAUGAUGAAGGGAGACAGGGCGAACCAGGCGGGCUGCGGGCUUUCAAGGCCUCGACAGAGAUCGGCCGUUGCCUAAAAGUGACGGGCGAGGCGACGUGCACAACUGGCAGGUCGAUGCUACUUAAGUGUCUUAACCCCAGGUUGCCCUGUUUUCCAUGUCGUGCAUUUCAUGACCUGUUUAUGGGUUUUGAUCCAACGCUGCGCACGAUUCUUGCGAACCGACAAAACAGGCCCGCCUAUCAGACGACAGGAACUACCACCGGCGCAAUGGCGGGCUGGGCACAACAACCGGCCGUCAGAUACGACACCCGGCCCUGGGAUAGCGGCCAGCAGCUGCAAAACCGACACCGCCGAGACUCGGGCGCCGUGGUCCACCACCAUGUCCCUGACCACCCCCAACGCAGCAGGAACCACAGCGCCCAUCGCCCGCACCACCAUCACCACAACCACCAGCACAGGCACAAUCAUCAUGGCGGCCGGCACCAAGACUCCAGCAGCUCCCAAAACGCCCUCGUCGCCGCCACAGGCGACUACGUGGCCCGCCGCCUCGUCCCCCAGCUGCAGAGCGGCGCCCCGUCGCGCCCCGUGUCUCUCUUCAUGAACUACGGCACCAUGGUCGUGCCCAGCACCGACAUCCUCUCCCCACAGGACAGCACCAGCAACACCACCGCCGCCAACGCCGUCCUCUUCAACGCCCCCGGCUCGACCAUGAUCCUGACGCCGCCACCCCCGCCCCGGCCCCGCCGUCCCAGGAGCGACGGGGCCGUCUACAGCGCGCACGUGGCUGGCGUCCCCGUCAGCAGCACCGGUGGUAGCAGCAGCACCGUCUACCGCUGCCCCACGGGCAACUACGUCGUGGCAGGGGCCGGCAGGGGCCGCCUCCACCGCGCCGGCAGCGCCGUGCUGGCCAGCUGCCCCGGCUGCGGGCUGCUGCGCACCACGUCGGGCGGCUACUGCCGCGACUGUGACAUGGGCGCCAGCCUGGCCCGCGACGGCGCCGUAGCCCUGGCGCGGAGGUAUCUCGUCGGGGCCAAGGGGCGGUUUUUGGGCAACUGAGCCCUUUGUGCUCGGCCCGGCUGUUGUCCUGUCGUUUCCAUUGUCAUGCUUAAUGUUACCCAUAACCUUAUACGUUGGCUCCUAAAGGAGCGAUUGCGGUUUUUUUUUUGGGUUUAAUCCUACGAACAAUCUUGUUGGCUAGCCCUUUCUUGUAAUAUCUAGCGACUUGCCGAAUUCCUCUGCUCUUGCCUUCCAUCUUUCUAACGACCUCCUUCAUUCCCAAUUUAAUUUGUGGAUUGUAUUUUCCCACACAAAUUCCGUUUAGAAGGACGUGCCCGUUCAUUCAAACAUCUCCAUCAUCCAGUCCGCCCGCCGAUUGCCGUACCGACACCGGAGAAUAUCCGCCGCCGUGCGACCGUCGUGGUCCCGGAUGUGUAUCCCAAUGCCUUGCUGGCAGAGUACCAUGGACGCGUGCUUGAGAAACAUUAGGUUCAAGUUGUAGUGGAGGAGCAGGUGCAGCGCUGUCCUUCCACCAGCGUCGACAGCGUUAAUGUCCUUGACGGCCCUUGCCAACAUCCAUACGCAGUCGACGGCAUCUGCCCGCCUCGCCCUUGUCGGAGGAUCGUCGUUUUUGCCCAUGUAAUACCCGAGCCUCCUAACCAUCUUCAGCAACGGCGUCUCUCCCCGCUCACACCGCGCGUCCGGAUCGGCGCCUGAAGCGAGGAGGGUAGCGAUCAAUUCAGGGCGAGCGCCAUCAAGCUUGCUGGCGGCGAAGUGCACUGCGUAUCGAUUAUCCGCCACGACGAUGACGAGUUAUUGUUCAGGAGGGGGCGGACCAACGACAUGUACCCUGAUGGAUUGUGGAUGCAUUGACGUGAACUUACAGACGUUGCUCCGACGCGCAUGGUAAAAGCCUAGCCAGUUCACGGGAUCAGAAUCGAAAAUGUCUCCGAGACUGGUCAAGCGGAUGU